AUGUCGGAUCUCCCUGCCGGCUGUGCCCAGGAUUGGUGCUCAGACUGUUCCUCGGGCGGUCAGCUGGACAUCUUGGUGAACAACGCCUUCCAGGACCCGGCACAGAAGGACGCCAAGAGCGAUGAGUUGCUCAGCAAGGGCGCCAAGUUCUACGAGCUGCCGUUGCAAAUCUGGGACGACGUGCACCGUGUGGGUCUGCGAUCGCAUUACGUGUCCUCCUACUACGCUGCGCCUUUGUUGUUGUCGGCCGCCAGCAGUGAGUGGCGACCCUUGUUGUGUGUGACCUCCGCCCCUGCCGCAGUGACGUAUUACUACGCCACGGCCUAUGGCGUGGCCAAAGCUGCCAGCGACCGCCUGGUCCGUGAUCUGCAGGUAGAGUUGGGUCCCCAGGGCAUCGAUUGUGUGAGUCUUUGGCCCGGCGUGGUCUACACGGAAUUCGUGCAGUCCCUGUAUGAAAAAGGCGACACCGAUCGCAUCAACCGCGUCACCGGCGGACGUGACCCCAACGUGGUCUGUGAAAGUCCCUUGCUGACUGGCCGCGUGGUGGCACGUCUGGCGGACGAUUUCACGGCGCGGAAGACCGCGCUCAGCACCGGCGGCCUCACCUCGCGCGUCUGCGUGGUGGCCGAGGCCGCGCGCGACCUGCAGCUGCGCGACGGCGGCCCCGACGGCACCGUGGCCAAGCGGUUAUAUGGUCCCGACCGUGAACCUGCGGCGUCCAUCCGAUCGCUAGGCUAUCUGCUGCCGGCCUUUCUCCCGGACAAGUUGCCGCCGCCCUUGCGGUGGUUGGUGGAACCCGGCGGGCCCUUGGCCAGCAAGGACAUCCGCGUGCCCUUCGAUUUGAUGGCGCAAGAUCCGCGCACCGAAGAUCCACGGAACCAGGACCUGAAGGACUUCGCCAAGGUAUCUCCGUUGCGCCGCAACAUCUCAAGUUCACAGCUCUACUGUGAGGAGACAUCCCACAACCAUGAGGCAUGCCAGUAA